AAUGUGAAGCAGCAGAGACUGUUUGUCCUCUCGUCCCCCUCCUCUCACCUCCAACAUGACUUCACUGUCGGGGACCAAGGAGAGGUCUGUGAGCAGCAGGAGCCGAAAAUAUGGGAUGCCUGACACCUCCCCGACCAAAUCUGCCUCAUUUUUUCCGGAAACAUGGUACCGAAAGGCCUAUGAGGACACCACCCGCUCAACCACACGCCCUGCCCCUGAGGGUGCCGGCUCCAUGCCCAGCUCCACAGGCACACCAUCCCCGGGGUCAGGGAUCUCAUCACCUGGGUCCUUCUCUGGAUCUCCAGGAACCAUCUCUCCGGGGAUUGGGACUGGAUCACCGGGCUCUCUAGGUGGCUCCCCAGGCUUUGGGACAGGAUCACCAGCAUCAGGCAGUGGAAGUUCCCCGGGUAGUGAAAGAGGGAUAUGGUGUGAGAACUGCAAUGCCAGACUGACAGAGUUAAAAAGACAAGCACUGAAACUGCUCAUCCCUGGACCUUACUCUACCAAGUGUGCUGUCAUGUAA